AUGGUCACUUCAUCAGUUUGUGAUAAGGUGAAAGAUGGGAUCCAACAGUUGAUGGAUAGUGGGUAUCUACAGUUUGAGCGUGUGCGACGUCCUGAAAUGGUUGAAAACGCAGUUAAUGUGGCAUCUAUCCCGUAUACUCCUGCCAAGAUUCCAAUUCCUACAAGAGCACCUCCUUUGGUUAUUACACUUCUUGGUCCCGUCCCGUAUAACAGUGAAAAAGCGAUCCCAUGGAAUUAUGGAGGAGAAGUUUUCUACCAAGGGGCCAAGUAUGAGGUUAAGGCGCCGGUUGAGAAAGAAGAUGUUGAUAAUGUUGUGGGCAUUGGAAGAAUGACGAGAAGUGGUCGUAUUUUCAAUCCUCCCCAGACUAAUCGCGAUGACAAUACAGAAGCUCUAGCUCAAGCAAAAGGGAAAAGAGUGGUAGAAGAUACGGUGGAUCCGGGGCAAAGCUCUAACUCUGAAGAUACUGUGGCCAAAGAGAUGGAAGAGUUCCUAAAGAUCAUCAAGAAAAGUGAGUAUAAAGUAGUUGACCAAUUGAGUCAAACUCAAUCUAAGAUCUCGAUCUUACAGUUGCUCUUAUGCUCCGAGACACAUCGAAAUGCUUUAUUGAGACUCCUAGGCACUGCCUUUGUCCCUCCUGAGAUCUCAGUAAAUCAGCUUGAAGGGGUUGUGUCUAAUAUCAAUGCUGGAAAUGGAUUGGGAUUCACUGAUGCAGAUUUGCCUUCUGAAGGUAGAAAACAUAAUAGAGCUUUGCACAUAUCUGUGGAGUGCAAGGGGACUAUGCUAUCUCGUGUUCUUGUUGAUAAUGGAUCUUCUUUGAAUGUGUUACCAAAGUCGUCUUUGAUGAGGCUAGACUAUUCUGGUGUUGAGAUAAGGCCAAGCGAAUUAACUGUGAGAGCCUUUGAUGGCUCAAAGAGGUCGGUGUUUGGGGAGGUUGAUUUGCCAGUGAUGAUAGGUCCUCAACUCUUCACUAUUACUUUCUUUGUGAUGGAUAUCCACCCGGCUUACAGUUGUCUCUUGGGGCGUCCAUGGAUCCAUGCUGCUGGGGCCGUGACUUCCACAUUGCAUCAGAAACUCAAAUUCGCCACUCAAGGAAAGAUAGUCACAAUAUGUGGGGAGGAAGAACACGUGGUAAGCCAUCUUGCGUCCUUCAGGUAUAUUGAUGUGGAGGGAGAGGUCCACGAGACGCCUUGCCAAGCCUUUGAGGCUGUCCAGACUAUCAAGAUCCCUUAUGUUGACAAUAAGAAAUUGGAAGCUCCCAUGUCUUCACUAAAGGAAGCCAAAGCUGUGGUUGAAUCUGGUCAUCCUGAAGGAUGGGGCCGAGUCUUAGAUCUACCAAUCAAGCAUGAUAAGUGUGGGAUUGGAUAUCAGUUGGGGCAGAGUUCUUCUGAUGGGUCCUUCAAGAAGCCCGGAACCUUCGUUCCGAUCAAGUUCUCUAGUGCUGGCAUCGUCAAAGAUCAUAUUUGCGCUGCUGAUGAUGAUAUGGAUAGUGAUUAUGACAUUGAAGAAUGGAUCAAGCCGUGUGUCCCGGGACAGAAGCUUCUCAACUGGUCAUCUGAAGCCAUCAUCUCAAUUGCUCUUGAUCAAAAGUAA